AUGCAACCAUAUAAAGAGAGCUGCAUAAAAGCAGCCUCGUCAUUGCGCCAGGCGAAGAAGAUGGCCGAGACGAUCCAAUCGUGCCGGCUAGUGGCUUGGAUUCAAGAAGCUAUGAAGAAUUUUGGCCCGUUCGACCGGCGAUACUUUGCUCUGAGUUCCCUGUCUGCCGAGGUCAUUAGCCUUGCCGACUGCACUCUGGAAGAUCUACACUUUGCCAUCAAUGCUCUGAAAGUGGAUCCAAAGGCACAUCCUCCGAAGGUGCUCGGCGAGCUUGAAAGCGACGUAGUUUUCAUCGCCAUCUCCUCCGCAACUUUGUUCGACUCGCGGCACGAAACAUCCACUGCUGAGUUCGGGCUGCCCGACCAGCUGCAGCGGGCAAUCGGCCCCAGGCCGCAGACUCCAGGAAAUCCAGCCUUCAACCUGCACAUGAACCCCAGAUCUACGUGUGCUGGGGCCACCUGCGUGCAUGGUCAGACCGUUUUUGCUGGCCGACCAUCAAAGAUUCAAGACACUGGCAGGCCCGUGGUGAGGUCUCCCAGUUCCUUCGACCAGAGCCUGGAAUACCUUGCAGCUGGCGCUCUGGCAACGGUCGGCCUCCUCGUGGCACGGAAGGCUUCCAGCAACUCCGAGGAUGGAGGAUGGUUGCGGCAACUAGUCUCGCCGGGGACAGUGUGCAUCAUGAUUCUGGUCUGCCAGAAAUGCUCCACGGAUGCCUUGACUUGGUGGACGAAGGCCCGGUGUGACAUGUCCUACUCCGGGGCGAACGUGACGCUGAUUUCAGAGGUUCUGAAGUUUCCGUUGCUUCUCACCGCCAUCGGUGUGAUCAAGACGCCGAGGGAAGUGUGGCCAACCAUCAAGACAGCCUUGAAGCGAAGGCCCUUUGCAAUGUGGUGGGUCGGAUUGCUCUAUGCAGCGCAGAAUCUUCUUUACUUUGUUUGCCUUCAGUAUUGUUCUGCUGCCACGUACCAGGUCUUGAGUCAGAGCAAGCUGAUCUUCACUGCGGGCUUCAUGUCACAGAUGCUCAACAAGACCUUCUCCAGUACGCAGAUCGUCGCCUUGGGCCUGCUUCUUCUAGGCACCCUCCUCACGCAGUUGGCCGAAGUCUCGGGUCCAGCAGUUUUGAGCGGAUCUGCUCCAUGGCUGGGCGCGGGUCUGACAGUUCUGUCGGCCCUACUCUCUGCGCUGCCGAACGUCUUCUAUGAGCGGCUUCUCAAGGAAGACGAGGAUGAGUGGGUGACCAACCUUCAGCUGACCACCUGGAUCUGUCUAUGGGUCAUGAUCAUCAAAGCUGGGGGGAUGAUCUUCUUGGGUACUGGCCCUGGAAUCCCGUCCUUGGCCGAAGCCACCGCCGGCUUCAAUGGCUUUGUUUGGGUGAUUGUGGCGUUGAAGGUGCUGAACUGCAUCAUCAUCCCUUCGUGCUUAAAAUAUGCAGACAACAUAUUAUACGGCUAUGCCAAGCCCAUAUCUAUCGUACUUACGUGCGCGGCAACAUCGGUGGCUAUAGGCCCGUGGGAGCUUGGCUUGUUCAUGGCUGUCAUGACUCGAGUAAUGGUAUGGUCUGGCACCAAGCCCGAGGUGUCUGGAUCACCGAUUAAGGACUCUGACUACCUGCGGCGAAAACCAGCCGAGGGCUCCCAAUACGAGCAGUGGAAAGAGAUGGAGGAUCUGGUCUUCAACUGCUUCAACCGCGAGGGAUCGCAGGUGAAAGGCUUCGUUGUGGCCGGCGGGGUUCUGUAUGGGGAGGGGGAGAACAUCUUCGUAGAGAUGUUCAAAGACGCGUGGCGGGGCGUGCAGUCCCAUGUCGUGGUGACCCCGGGCAUCAACAAGGUGCCCACUGUCCACGUGCGGGACAUGGCGCGGGUCGUCCGACAAGUAAUCACGAAUGCGGAGGGAAUCAACCCACUGGAAGCCACUCCGUACUUCUUGGCCGUAGAUCAGCCGCCUGCUGCCAAAGAGGGGCAGCCAUCCAUGCCGGCUGCGCAAUCGGAAAUCGUCCAAGCAAUUGUGGACGAAAUGGGGGAGCACUAUGACGUGCCUCGCGUGCCCAAGGCAAGCAUUGAUCAGGGUGCCAUCACCGACUUGCAGGACCUCCAAGCAGAUCCCAUUGGCCAGGACUUCUGCGCAAGCCUCGAUCCUCCGGGCUGGGUUUGCAAGAAUGGUCUUCUGGCAAACCUCCGCACGAUUGCGGACGAGUUCUGCGCCGGUAAGAAGCUGCGGUCUAUGCGGAUUCUCAUCGCAGGGCCGCCAACCUCCGGAAAGACAAACCUGGCCCAGGCCGUGGCAGAUCACUUCAAGGUGCCACACCUCUCUUUGCCCGAGGAGGUGAGCAGUGCGGACCUGGAUAAAACGAUUACGCAGAUCUCCUCAAGCGUGUGCCACUUCAGGGGAUAUGUCCUCGAUGCAGGUUCCAUUGGCUUUGCUCAGGCUGAAAAGCUCUUCCGCUACGACAUCGAGGUGCCGAAGACCGAGGAGGAGCAAGAGGUCGAGCCCGAGGGCGGUGAGCCCGCGCCGCCGAAGAUCGAGCGGCGGCUAAACGAGGAGACCUGCCCAGCAAUGGUCAUCAUCACGCAGGCCCCGGCUGCUAUCUGCAAGGCGCGCUGGCAGAGCAGUGGUGCCUCCCUGGAGACUUUCGAGAAGUCCAUGCAGGCCUACAUCAACAACAACCUCACCCAAGACGUGCACAGCCUGCAAGACUUCUUCCAGGAUGUCGCUAACAAAGGUGUGCUGAACCUGCCCAUCGCGGGCAAAGAUGAGGAGGACCUCUUCGAAAGUGCCCGGAUCUACAUCGAGCGGAGCGGGCGGCCGUUCAACUACCUGACCCCUGAAGAAGAGGUGGGGUUCUGGCGCUCCAAAGGGUUCAAUGAUUAUCCAUCUUGA